AUGAAAAUUACUAUGCUUAUUGCAUUUAUUAACAUAGCAUAUAGUUUUGAAAAAGAUUCUUUUGAUAAAAAAUUAGUUUUAAAUUCAUUAAGUGAUGAUUAUUUUUAUGCUUUAAUAUUAAAAAACAAACUAAAUGAAUGUGAAAAACUUCUAAAAGAAUUUUGUGCGAACUUAACUGGAAUAGACUCAGAUUUAAGAAAAAAAAUUCCUAUAUUGGAAAAUACAUGUCAAAGUGGAAAAGAAUCUAAAAUAUGUCAAGGCUUGGAAAAUAGGAUCAAAAUUAAGUGCCAAGAUUUAAAAACGAAUAUCAAUCAAUUGAAAAAAGUAUCUAAAGAUAAUAAUAUUUGUGCUACAUAUCAUCCUCAAUGUUUAUUUUUGGAAGCUUCAUGUGGUGAUUCCGGCCUUACUUUUGACUGUGUCAAUCUAUUGAAUACAUGUUAUCAAAAUAAACGCAAUGAAGCAGCAACAGAAGUUCUUUUAAGAGCAUUUAAAGGAAAAGUGAAUGAAUAUACUUCUUGCUGGCAAGACACAUAUAAGGUAUGUCGAGAAUUAAGUAAAGAAAGCGAUGAAUUAAUGCAAAAAUGUUUUUAUCCUCAAAGUAUUUGUGCAGAUUUGAAACAUUUAUCAACAUCAAAAUGUUAUUACCUUGGAAUAACACUUAAUAAAGUAUACACAACCACUGGUUUUACUAAAAAUAUAUGCAGCUAUCUUAAACAAUGUUAUUUUUAUGGACCAAAUUGUCAGUAUUCUAUACAAUCAGACUGCGAAAAGCUAAAAAAUGAUUGUAAAAAUCAAAAUAUAACAUACAUAUUAUAUGAUAAUUUUCUUGAUCCAACAAUGCCUGAUAUUCCUAUAAGGGAGAAAAUUGAUAUAGAUCAAUUCCAUAGUGAACUAUUGGAUGCUGGUAUUUUAAUUGGAAAGCCUAAAGAGAAACACUUGUACGAUAUAUUAGCAUUACUUCCUCAUAAGAUUGAUGAAAAUUUUUUAACUACUUGUACAGAAUUACUAAAAAAGAAUUGCGGUUUUUAUUAUCUAAGAUCUGAUGUGAACGAAGCAUGUCUACUCCUUACUAAGCAUGCUGACAGAUGUCAAUGGUUUAAAGAAUAUUUAGAUAAAAAGGUUUUAAAUAUUAAAGAAAAACUUAAAACUUAUGGGCUUUUGGAUAACACGGUUAUUUGGGAUGAUCUUCCAUCUUAUAUUAAAGAAGAUGUCUCUACAGAAUUAGUAUCAGAUUGUUUUUAUUUUGAAAUAUAUAAUAGUGAAAUUUCAUCUGGUUGUUAUAAUGUAAGAAGGUUGCACUAUAAACUUGGACGCUAUGCUGCUGCAAAUAAAUUAUUGGAAAACAAGUUACGUGGAAAACUUAGUCAUUCUAAAAAUAACAAAGAAUGUUGGGAAACAUUAAUAAAAGAAUGUCAAGUUCUUAAAAAUCAAAGUAUAGAAUUAUUUUCAUAUUGUGUACAACCAAAAAAAGCUUGUGCAGAAAUCAAAGAAGAUAUUAAAAGGAAAGGGGAUAAUUUACUAUUCGUUUUAUCUGAAAAACGAGAUUAUCCCCAAGAAAAGGAUUGUAUCAAACUGCAAGAAAAUUGCGAUAAAUUAUUAGAUGAUUUUUCCAAGAUUUCUAAUCCAUGUAAAACAUUAAAAAAAAACUGCAUUUAUAUGAAAACAAUGAGUGAUCUUAAAAAUGCUUUAUUAGAUCAAAAAACAAAUAUUUUUACAAGUAUUGAUACUUGUAUAACAUCUUUAAAAUCUAAAUGUAAUGAGUGGUUUAAAAAGAACAGAAAGUUUGCUAUUAUAUGUCUUCAAAUAAACGAAUCUUGCCAAAUGAUGGUUGAUGAUACAUAUAAACAUUGUAAAAUACUUAAAUCUAAAAUAACAGAUGCCGACGUAGUUUGGAGUGCUAAAGAUCAAUCCAAAAGGGAGAAUAUUUGUUCUUUUUGGGAGCCAUAUUGUAACAAACUGACACCAAGCUGUAAUAAUUUAAUGAAAAGUAACCGUCAAAGUUUUAGCGUUUGUACAAAUCUUGCUAAUGAAUGUAAACCGUUUCGUGAAGAAAGGUCUAAGGAAAAUGCAUUAACCUAUGAAUUAAGGGGUAGUUUGACUAAUAAAGAUACAUGUCUCUCUAUGCUAACUGAACUUUGUAUACGAUUAAAUAAGUCUCAAAAUACUACAUAUGCUCAUUUUUGUAAAGACAAUCCUAAUACAAGUAAUGAUGAAAAGGAUAGAAAUGCUAGACUUAAUCUUUGUAAUAAGCUUAUUUCUCAUUUUCAAAAAUAUUGUGAUAUAUUAGCAAAAAAACUAACAAAUGAAGCAAAUGAUUUAGAAAAAGAUAUUGAUAACUUUAAAAAAAUUAAAAAAUUAGCAGAAGAAGCGAUAAAAAAUUCUGCCUUACUCUUAAUACUUUCAGAAAAUAAAGGAAACGCAUUUAAUGUAAAAAAUAAUACAAUAAGUUUUAAAUUGGUACGUCGGAAAGAUAAUUCAUCUGUUCUUACAACAAAAGCUGAAAUACUUGCUUUUGAAACAGCUGCAGAAACUCUAGAACUGUACCAAGAAUUAUUAAGAAAAUGCAAUCGUUUAUUAAUAGAAGCAGAAUUUAAAGAAGAUUGUUUAACUUCUAAAAACUCAAGUGAAAAGGUGCAAAAGAUAUGUAAUGCAUUAAGUCCAUUAAAACUAAUUCCUCGUGUGAUAACAACAGAAAAUAUAUCAACAACAACGACAACAACAACAAUAACAACGACGACGACAACAACGACGACGACGACAACAACAACGACAACAACAGAACUGAAAGUCGAGACAAAAACAGAAACAAAUUUAUGUGUUAAUCAAUCAAUAUUAGAUACUACAAUGCAAGAGUCGAUAAAUACCAAAGAAAAGACAACUAUAGAUUCAAAUACAACACUAAUAACUUUGACAAAAACUAUAUUUGUAGGAGAAAGUAAAGAAUGCACAUUAAUCCGUACAAUAGAUACUCAAAUAACACAUACCUUGAUAUAUACAACAAAAAUAGUCUCUAAAUCAAUAGUAACAUCAACAGUUACAACGGUAUCAACACGAUGGUGUACAAUAAUACAGCAUACAAUAAAAACAGGAGAAGAAAGAAAAAAAGAGCAUAAAGAUGAGGAAGAUGAGAGAAUAAUAAUACCAAAUGGAGAAAUAAAAGUUAAAACUAUAAAUGUUUUAAAAUGGGUUGUGAUGACUAUGAUAAUUUUAAUAAUCUAA